AUGACCACAAGCUCACUCUACCCGCCGAUAGCCCAGUCUCUCCGUGACGAGGUCAUCGGCAAAGUCAUUCAGCGGUGCCAAUCUCAUCGCACUAGCAGUGGAGUUCGCCAUCUAAAUCCUGGCCCACGUCCCCGCUUAACCCCUUCAGGGCCAGAAGACACUGACGGUAUCGGACAGAACGCUAAGAGCUGUCAUGACUCCAGCUAUGUUUCUCUGAUGACCGAGGGAAAACCCCAGCAGAUGAGCAAAAUGUCGCGCAAGCGCCUUCAUUCUUCUACUACGUCUGUUGGUGCUGACGUUUCGAAUGGUACAGCUCCGCUGCCCUCGAAGAAAAAUCGCACGCAGCAUCUCCUAUCGGAUCACGACAAGUACAGAGACCUGAUCAUAGAGCUCGUGUCAAAGAGAGACCUUCGCCGAGAGAAAUGCCGCGUCAACCAGGCUCGUUACCGUAAAAGACAAGACAAAUUUCUGGCAGAUCUGGAAUUGGGCAAUCAGCAGACUCGAGCUGAGAUCCAAAAGCUGGAGAACCAGCGCCAGAGGAUUUUGUUCGCCACUCCAACGAACGAGACGGUCUGGAACAUUGCCACCGAAUAUUUCCGCCUCUUUCGACACGGAUUCGCCGCACCUGCACCAUAUUCAGGGCUGACAUCGAACGAAGCAGAGGCGGUGAUUCCUCGCCAAUCGCACAAACAGCUCGAGUUCUUACAGGCGGCCAUGUCAAUUGAUGUCGCCGACGGGACACUGCGUGGCGUCGACGCGCUGCUGGAGAACUGGAGAUUGUUUUCGUUGUAUCACAAGGGCAUCCACCUUGAGCUCGAGCGCAUUGAGAAGGAUGGAGCAUGCUCCGUGGUCGCCACUACGAAGACUUCGUUAACUAUCACUGAAAACACGAUACGCAACGUGUAUCCACACCUUUCGGUAGAUGAAUUUGGCGAUUUUGAGCUGUCUCCGCUUGCAUGCCGCUUAAUCAACCAGCGAAUUGAGAUGAAUGGCACAGUUCGUUUCAGUUGGGAUCGCUCAAGCGGCCGCGUAGUGACUUUGGAGUCAAAAGCAGACAUGUUGACACCUAUGCUCCGUCUUUUGGGAAGUCUCGAGGACGUUGCUCAUGCUUUUAACGACGCUCGAAUCACCCUCGAAGGGAAAAUGAGAUGA